AUGAAGUUCGACAAGUCCGAAAAUAGUUGGAUGGUGAAAGACUUUAACCCAACACAUAAUCAUGACCUUGCUUUGAAGACAGAUAUGCAGUUCUUGAGAUCUAACUGUGCUGUCCCAGAUUGUAUGGGUGCCCAAGUAAUGUCAAUGAGACGGUCGGGCAUACGAACUUGCCACAUAUUGAAUCACCUUGUUGCAGAAAGAGGAGGACAUGAGUAUGUUCCGUUCUUGAAAAAGGACCUAUACAAUUGGAUUGGACAACAAAGAGAGUUAGAAGAGGAGGACGAAACAGAUGCUGAGGGUGCCCUGGGAUACUUGGAAUGUCUUGGGUUACGUGACCCCAAUUUUUUUGAAACACACACGAUAGACGCAGAGUAUAGGCUCGCUGACUUGUUCUGGGUCGAUGGAAUAUCGAGAGAUGACUAUGGAGGUUUUGGGGAGAUCAUCGCAUUUGACACAGCGUACAAGAAGAAUGCAUACAACAAACCCCUUCUCCUUUUUGUCGGCGUGAAUCACCACUUCAGAACUGUUGUAUUUGCAGUUGCAUUGCUGUACGAUGAGAAGGAGGACACAUACAUUUGGUUGUUGGAAGAAUUCCUUCAAUGUAUGAACAACAAAUUGCCUCAGGUUGUUGUCACUGAUGGAGAUAAAGCUAUGGUUAAAGCAAUAGGGAAAGUCAUGCCUAAUGUUGUCCAUCGUUUGUGUGCAUGGCACCUUCAGAAAAAUGUUACCAUUAAUGUCCCUCACCCGAUUUUCAAGACAAGGUUUAAUGAGCUCCUAUAUCAAUAUUGUACAAAGGAAGAGUUUGACGAGACUUGGAGUGGCUUGGUUACAGAAUUUCAGCUACAAUAUAGCCAAUUGGCAGCCAUAACAUACAACAAUAGAAGGAGUUGGGCAGAAUAG